AUGGACGGCGAGUGGAGCGACGGGGCGGCGGCGUCCUCGCCGACGGUGUCCGGCAGCGAGAGCAAGGCUCGCGCUGCUGGUGGCGUUUCGUCGUCGGCUGAUUGCCCAGGGUCGCCGGUGUCGCCUGCGCCACCGUCGUCGACGUCGCCAGCUGCUGCUACCGGUACCGGGAGGAGGCGGUCGGCGAACAAGCGGGUGGUGACCGUGCCGCUGGCCGACGUGAGCGGCCCUCGGCCCAAGGGCGUCGGCGAGGGCAACACGCCGACGGACUCGUGGGCGUGGCGGAAGUACGGCCAGAAGCCCAUCAAGGGCUCGCCUUUUCCGAGGGCUUACUACAGGUGCAGCAGCUCCAAGGGGUGCCCGGCGAGGAAGCAGGUGGAACGGAGCCGGGCCGAGCCGGACAAGGUGAUCGUCACGUACUCGUUCGAGCACAGCCACUCCGACGCCGUGGCGAGGGCGCAGCAGAACCGCCAGGCCUCGAAGCCAAAGGCGGCUCAGCAGCAGCCAGUCCCGCCGGAGCCGGCGGAGUCCCCGUCAUCCGGCAGCCACGACGUGGUCGCUGCCACGGUUUGCGGUGGCGCGCCUGCUGCUGCAGCCGAGACCGAGGUCGUUGGCGCGGCGGCCGCCGUCGAGGUGCACGACGAGUUCAGGUGGCUCUACGACGGCGUGUCCGUCACCUCCUCGGCGUCGCCUUCGGACGUCGAGGCGGCGGACGAGAUGCUGUACGGGGCGACGAUGUUCUUCGGCGCCGCCGUCCCGCCCGCCGCGCCCCUCCCCGACGAGUUCGGCGACGUCGGCAGGCUGUUCGACUACGGGGAAGGGGGCGAGGAGGACGCCAUGUUCGCGGGUCUCGGCGAGCUGCCCGAGUGCGCCAUGGUGUUCCGGCGGCACGCCGGUGACGGGCUUUCGGUGGCGGGCGGGGUGAAGUGA